AUGGCGGAGCUCCCACUUGGCUCGCCAAGGAGUGCGACGCCGCCAGAUUCCCACGUCGACUCGCAAACACCGACCCCUCAAGCCUCGACCGAGCCAUCAUCACCUUUAUUUCCACAGUUGCAAAAUACAGAAGAGACCAAUGGCGAUCUCAAGUCUGCCAAGUCGACGGCCAAAGGCGGCACCGGCGCAUCUACGCUAGGUGGUGGUGGAGAGGCUGCGUCUGUGGAUGAUUACGAUGGCGACCCGGCCGUUGCAGAACCUAUUAUGCGCACGGCGAGCCCCGAACCGAGCAUACGGACAGCAGAGACAUCUGGCGGCGUGAUAACGCAGGAGAGCGGGGAUCUACGCUCCGAAAAUGGUCGCUGUGAAGAAAAGGCUGUCGGCGAGGGGCCCGCCGCCGCCACCGCCAGCAACAACGAGGACGAGCCCACGUCCGACAGGCUCUUAUACAAGAUGCACAAGUUUAGUCUAUACGAGACGGCGAGCCGCUACUACGUGGUCGGUGUCGACGUCAGCGAGCGGCGGUACCGCAUCCUCAAAAUCGACCGCACGACCGAGGGCGGCGAGGAGCCCAGCAUGACCGACGACAAGAUUGUGUACACGCUCAAGGAAAUGAACCAGCUUCUCGACACCAUCGACGACGGCAACAAGGGCACCGGAGGCAUUAAGCUGCGCUGCACGACGUGGGGCCUGCUGGGCUUCAUCCGCUUCACGGGCUGCUACUACAUGCUGCUCAUCACUAAGAAGAGCACCGUCGCCAUGGUAGGCGGUCACUACAUCUACCAAGUCGAGGGCACGGAGCUGAUCCCGCUUGGGACGGGCAGGUCGUCGAAGCCGGAGGCGAGGAACAACAGCGCCGAAGAAACGCGUUUCCUGUCCAUUUUUAACAGCCUAGAUCUGACGAGGUCUUUUUACUAUAGCUACUCGUAUGAUGUCACGCAUACGCUACAGCGAAACAUUAUGCGGGAGAGAGCAAGCAUGGCACAGGGUGUUGAUUCUAAAACACACGAGGAGCUGAAUUCCAUGUUUGUGUGGAACAACUACCUGCUGAAACCGAUUGCAGCCGUCAUCAAGGAUCCGUUUGACUGGUGUCAUCCAAUCAUUCAUGGAUAUGUCGAUCAGGCUGCCUUGUCCAUAUAUGGCCGCACGGCAUACAUUACCGUCAUUGCUAGGCGGUCACGCCACUUUGCCGGCGCGCGCUUCUUGAAGCGUGGCGCAAAUGAUUUAGGCUACGUCGCCAACGACGUCGAAACCGAGCAAAUCGUGGCAGAAUGCCAGACGACAUCGUUCCAUGCGCCCGGACCACGGCCAUACUGCAGUCCGCAUUACACAUCCUAUGUGCAGCAUCGCGGCAGUAUACCACUCCACUGGACGCAGGACAGUACUGGCGUUACACCGAAGCCGCCCAUUGAACUCAACCUCGUCGAUCCCUUUUACAGUGCUGCGGCCCUGCACUUUGACGACCUUUUUCAGCGGUAUGGGGCCCCCGUUUACGUGCUCAACCUCGUCAAGGCCAAAGAACGCCAGCCGCGAGAGUCGAAGCUCCUCGACGAGUACACCCACUGCAUCAACUACCUCAACCAGUUCCUGCCCGACGGCAAGAAGAUUAUCCACAAGGCCUGGGACAUGAGCCGUGCUUCCAAGGUGCGCGGCGGCGACGUCAUUGGCAACCUGGAAAAGAUUGCCGACAGCGUUCUCGAGGCGACGGGCUUCUUCCAAAACGGCGACGGCGUCUUCUCCGCGCCCCUGACGGCGCAAAACGGCGUCGCGCGCACAAACUGCAUCGACUGCCUGGACCGCACCAACGCCGCGCAGUUUGUCAUUGGCAAGCGCGCCUUGGGCCAUCAGCUUCACGCGCUGGGCAUCCUGCAGGACACGACCAUUGAGUACGACACGGACGCGGUCAACUUGUUCACGCACAUGUGGCACGACCACGGCGACACCAUUGCGGUGCAGUACGGGGGAUCGCAGCUCGUCAACACCAUGGAGACGUACCGCAAGAUUAAUCAAUGGACGAGCCACUCGCGCGACAUGAUUGAGAGCUUCAAGCGCUACUACAACAACUCGUUUCUCGACAACCAGCGGCAGGAGGCGUACAAUUUGUUUCUGGGCAACUACGUCUACAAGGCGGGGCGGCCGAUGCUGUGGGAUCUCACGACAGACUACUACCUGCAUCAUUCGAAUCCGCGAGACUGGUCGCCAAACAAUAUUAGAAGCUACAUAAACUGGUUCAACCCGGCGAAUCUACAGGCCAAGAACGCAGGCAAUGCGCUGGUUCCGCUACGAAGCACACCUGUGACGAAGCCAGUCGAAUUCUUUGAUGAUUACUGGCUCGAAUACUACCGUCCGUCGACGUUGUCAUCGUUUCCCAAAAUGUUUGCCUUUAAAAUGAACUCGACCAUCAAGUAUAUCCCCAUUAAAUCCACUCAAGAUGGGAAAUACGACCUCAGUCCGUUCCGCGUACGCAACGAGCAGCACGACGUCGACGCCGACAAGAGGAAAGCGGCCAAGAAGAAUGCUGCAGCACCAAACAAAGCAUCAAUCUCACCCCUCUCACAAGUCGCAGUGUCAGACGACGGGAGGUCCUCCAUGGCUUCGGACAGAGCGCCACCCCGGGGCAUGUCGCUCGGUCGCUGGCUGCACCCAACGCAGGAGAGGACGCUCGGCCUGGUCAGCGCCAUGGACACGGUCAACGAGCUGGACGUCGCCGGCGCCGCCAAGACGAAGCCGACGGCCCUGGAAAAGUCGACGGCAGAGCAAUGGACGUUUACCAAAGCUCUAAAGGACUCGCUGAACCCGUCCGUCGACCAGCACGAGGCCGACGACUAUGCGCGCUACAUUCACCACCCCCAAAAUCUGCCGUUGGUGGUCUCGAGCGAUACGCCCGUGGACAUGGACUCGUCCGAGUACCAAGACUACAUCCACGGCGGGUGGCAGGACCGCGGCCUCUUCUUCAGCGGCAGCGAGGAGGAGAUGGACCUCUACGCGGAGCUGCUCAAAAUCGGUGAGAAUCCGCUGACGGUGACGGAAGAGGAUGCGCCAAAGAAGAGAUACAAGGCCUACAGGAAGUGGCUGAGGGGCAAGUCCUUCUUCAAGCAGCAGCCCCUUGACUGA